UUGGAAAAAUGACUCAGUAAGUUGAGCGCGCCCGCUCCGCCGGCCCUGCGCCUCCCGCCGCGCCCGGGAUGUAUUCGUCCCCGCUCUGCCUGACCCAGGAUGAGUUCCACCCGUUCAUCGAGGCGCUGCUGCCUCACGUGCGCGCCUUCGCCUACACCUGGUUCAACCUGCAGGCACGGAAGCGCAAGUACUUCAAGAAGCACGAGAAGCGCAUGUCGAAGGACGAGGAGCGCGCGGUGAAGGACGAGCUGCUGGGCGAGAAGGCCGAGGUGAAGCAGAAGUGGGCGUCGCGGCUUCUGGCCAAGCUGCGCAAGGACAUCCGGCCCGAGUGCCGCGAGGACUUCGUGCUGGCCAUCACCGGCAAGAAGGCGCCGGGCUGCGUGCUCUCCAACCCCGACCAGAAGGGCAAGAUGCGCCGCAUCGACUGCCUGCGCCAGGCCGACAAGGUGUGGCGGCUGGACCUGGUCAUGGUCAUCCUCUUCAAGGGCAUCCCGCUGGAGAGCACGGACGGCGAGCGCCUGGUGAAGGCCGCACAGUGCGGCCACCCAGUGCUCUGCGUGCAGCCGCACCACAUCGGGGUCGCCGUCAAGGAGCUUGACCUGUACCUGGCCUACUUCGUGCGGGAGCGAGAUGCAGAGCAGAGUGGCAGCCCCCGGGCAGGGAUGGGCUCUGACCAGGAGGACAGCAAGCCCAUCACACUGGACACCACCGACUUCCAGGAGAGCUUCGUCACCUCUGGUGUGUUCAGCGUCACCGAGCUAAUCCAAGUGUCAAGGACACCCGUGGUGACUGGAACAGGACCCAACUUCUCCCUGGGGGAGCUGCAAGGGCACCUGGCCUACGACCUGAAUCCAGCCAGCACGGGCAUGAGGAGAACGCUACCCAGCACUUCCUCCAGCGGGAGCAAGCGGCACAAAUCCGGCUCGAUGGAGGAAGACGUGGACACGAGCCCCGGCGGCGAUUACUACACCUCGCCCAGCUCUCCCACGAGUAGCAGCCGCAACUGGACGGAGGACAUGGAAGGAGGCAUCUCAUCCCCAGUGAAGAAAACAGAGAUGGACAAGUCGCCAUUCAAUAGCCCGUCGCCCCAGGACUCGCCACGCCUCUCAGGCUUCACCCAGCACCACCGGCCCGUCAUCGCCGUGCACAGCGGGAUCGCCCGGAGCCCCCACCCAUCCUCGGCACUACACUUCCCCACGACUUCCAUCCUGCCUCAGACAGCAUCCACCUACUUCCCGCACACGGCCAUCCGCUACCCGCCUCACCUCAACCCCCAGGACCCACUCAAGGAUCUUGUCUCACUGGCCUGCGACCCGGCCGGCCAGCAGCCUGGACCGUUAAAUGGAAGUGGUCAGCUCAAAAUGGCCAGUCACUGCCUUUCCGCCCAGAUGCUGUCCCCCCGCCCCCGGGGCUGCCGGCUGGCACUCCCUUUUGCCAGCAAACCCGCCUCCGAGGGAGGAAGCGCGUCGCAGAGCUCGGCCUGUGAGCCCUCCGGAAGCGGCGCUGGGGCCCCGGGCUCAGGCCUGGCCCUGUGGGAACUGGCCUGGGGGGCCAUGAGAUCAGGGCCACUCAGGGCCCAGGCAGCCUUAGGGGAUGGCAGGCCAGAGCAGCAAGCUUGGGCCUACUCUACGCCCGGCACGUCCCCUGCAAACCGUUCCUUUGUGGGAUUAGGACCAAGGGAUCCAGCGGGCAUUUAUCAGGCACAGUCCUGGUAUCUAGGAUAAGAAAGAUUUGGCCUACGCCCUCUCCUUCAUCCCGGGAAUCCUGGGGGACUGCGCAGCCUGCCCCCUCCCCGGCCCACGUUUUUGGUGGAAAGUUAGAGCGAGCAAGAAAAUCCCACCGACUCCCAGCCCGGCCGAAAGACAAAACACAGACACAUGAACACAGGAGGAAAAAACGGAAAAAAAAAAA